AUGGAACAACACGAAGAAGAAGUUCUUAGGUUAAAUCGUCGAAUAAGGGAACUGAUGACCCAAAACGAUGUGUUGGACACACGAAAUAAGGAAUUGGACGUCGAAAACAGAGCACUGCUAGAGCAGAGUGCCAAUUUGAGAAAGAGUAACAACAAAAUUUCCCAUCUUUAUGUCGAGUUUCGAACGAAGCUCGAGCGGGAAAGCAUACGAUGUGAACAGCUUCACACGGCAAACGAACAGCAUAAAGAGCGCUACAGAGCGCUUCUUAGCCUAUAUGUUCAGCAGAGUGAGAAAGUGAAAAUGCUGGAGCAUAGCAUACGAUCGACAGCAACCGUGAGAAGGAUUAGUCAGGUGCCGGUGGAAAUUAUAGGAAAGGUCUCCGAUAUUGGUAAAAGCAAACACGCCGAGAAACGAUGUCAAGAACUGCGGAGCAAGUGCGAUGAACUGCAGAAAGAGCUAAGAAGUGCAUACGCUAUCAUCGAUGAUCUGGAAUUUGAACUGGAAAGCGUUGACUACUUGGAGGAUGAAAACGAACGGCUGCAGCGAGAAAUCAAACAGUUGAGAUCUAAUGCUCAAAAUUUCGAUUCGGUGCCUCGGACAGGUGUGAGCGAGUCGUCGUCGCCGUCAGAUACGACAGACGGUGCUGCCUUUGCUCCAAUGAUGAAGCUUAUCAACAAGACGGACAGCACAGGCAGCGCAGGUGACGACAAAAAGGCACGCCGAGACGAGCUGCACAGAAAAUUGGAGACCUUGCACGAGAGACAGAGCAUUAUCUUCCCAAGGAUGCUGCCAAAGCUAGGGGAAACGAGCACCCCACGAGCACUUCCAUGACCCAUCAAUCGUCGAUUGUCCAUAACAAGCAAUUUAACAGCGUUUCCCAAAUGAGCAGCACUUCAUUAUCGAUUUCUUUACUAUGUCAGAAUUGCGCGCUACCUCUGAAGUGCCACAAUUAAUCACAAUUAUGUACAGAAGUAUACACACCCUUUUCAGCCAUUAACAAUGUGUCCACUUCAGCCAGUUUUACACGCCAUUUCUUCUUGCCGACGGUAGCCUUGUAUUGCUGGUAAUAUGUUUGAUUAGCAGCUUCACGCUGUUUGCAAUUUUACGCUUGCAGCAGGUUUUUUUUCGCAAGUUGAUUAAUAUUAUUCCAGCAGACUACCAGAACAAAACAGAUUGAAAUAAUGUAGAUCACAAAUUUUGACGGUUUUCUGUCUGAGGUGUGUCUGGCGAAGAGCGAACGGUCGUCCACGAAAGCCUUGGGCUAUAGUCGGUACAAUCGAUCAGCAGCCAUUAUUGGCAUCCGUAAGGUCAACACCUAGUUGGGGGAGCAGAAUUGGCUUGGUAACAUUGGCUGAGACAACCAUAUUCCAGGAAAAAUACGAACGUGCUUUUGCUUAGUGGAGCUGACAUCAUGCCAACACAAUCUGAUUUAUGUUGUGAACCUUGGGGUCAGGAAAAAUUGAUCCGUGAGAAAUAAGAUAAUCUUUUGAGAUUGAUGAAUAAUGGUUAAUUCUUAACUAAGGGUAGUGGGGUAAUGUGGUCACCUGCUUGUUUGGUAGUAUAACUAUUAACUAUUGACACCGUAUUGAUAGUCAUCUCAUGUUUGAAGAAUUUCAUGACUUUUGAGUCACCCUGUACUACAGCGAAGCUGUCGCAUGUUUUGAAAUAAAUAAAAACAAAAAACGCUCUCUCUAUAGCCAUUCGGCCGUAGUUUUGUGCGUUUCGAAUUUAAGCAUUUCUAGUGAAAUUUAGUUUAUUUGACCUGAUAUUUACGACAAAUGAACAGUUUGGACGACUAUUCACGUAUUCUAGUGGAGGUGAACAGAUAUUUUGUUCAAUUUCAGCGAUUAUUCCGCAUUUUUCGCAUUUCGUUUUUUGGGGGGCAAAGUGGUCAGUGGAGAUUACUACUGACAAAGUACUGUUUUCAAAAACUGAUAUACUUUAUCACCUUUUGCUCCUAAAGAGGUCCCUUUUGUGAUUUUGACCCACGAAAAAUAUUCCACCCCAACCAAAACCAAGCCUCAUUUUAGACCCAGUUCAUAUCACACAUGCACCUGCUAUUUCAAUAAUGAUUUAAACAAAUUCGGCCAAGAAAACAUGCAUAAAUCUAUCUCUUCUAGUGUGAUAUAUGCGAGUGACCACUUUGCUCCCACAAGUAACCACUUUACCUCCUCACUAAAAUAAUGUUCAAUUUUUCAACCUUUUUCCUAAUAAUGAAAAAUAUACUAUUUUCGAUUUUCAUAAUAAAAACCGCUUUCUAUCUGGAACUACAAUAAGUUGAGCUACAAUAUUCUUCGAAGAACGGGAAUUGUUAUGUGGUAUGUGGACACAGGAAAUAGGCAUGUUCCUUAGGGUGACCACAUUCCCCCCAGUUCCCCUAUGUAGUGAUAAGCGAAGAGUGACAGAGUGAGGUGAAUCAACAUUUGUGUUUACGUUAGAUUCCUAGGACUCAUAUUGUGUCUACUUCCCGUUCAUCACUGAUUUUAGAUUACAGACAACCAAAAAUCUUUUGUAUGAAGACAGAAAAAUGUCAUUCUCUGCUUGUAUACGAAAUGUCGUAGUGGAUUCACACCUUAAACUAAUCAGUUCGUUCCGAAAUCUGUAUCCAAUGCACUUGACAAAGGGAUAAUAAUUGC